GAUUAAAUAUUAUUAUCUCAUGUCCGAAAUUGAGAAAUUCUGAAUUCCUAAAGUCGUAUUCUUACUUGUAGUUCUGAAAUAAAUAUUGAAAAUUGUAAUGUGCAAGUGUAGUAACUUUUAUAUCUCGUUUUAGAAAGAUAAUUCUCUAAUCUAUCAUCUAUAUUAAAUAUUAAGUACCUUCAUCAUUUUAGUAAAAACGUCCUAAUCAAAUGUUCAAUGAUAUAAAAUACUUUUAGUUGUUAGGUAAUUAGUAUUUCUAGUAUAAUAUUCAGUCAGACAGUAUUAUAUUUGAAAAAUUAAUUUUUCCUGCAUUAAUUUAUCAUGUCGUUUAAUAGAGUUGAGGAAGAAUCGUUUAGCACAACUUUUGAUAUUGGAUCAUUACCUAAACACUAUGAAUUUAAUGAAUUUAUAUCAGAUGAAGAUACAGAAUCAGACAGAGAUGAUUUACCACGACUUGUACUUAUGGGCUUAAGAGGGAGUGGGAAAACUUCCAUACAGAAAGUGGUUUUUCAAAAAAUGUCGCCGAAUGAGACCUUAUUUAUUGGAAGUAAUAAUUCAAUGCUAAAAGAUGUUGUUAAUAAUUCAGCAUUUGUGAAUUUCCAAAUUUGUGACUUUCCUGGUCACUUUGACUUUACUGAUUCUGAAUAUGAUGUACAAUCUAUACUUCAAGGAUGCCAAUCACUUGUAUUUGUGAUUGAUGCUCAAGAUGCUAUAGCUAGUGCACUAAAUCGUUUACAUUCAGUUGUAACAAAAGCCUACAAAAUAAAUAAGAAUAUAAAGUUUGAAGUUUUCAUUCAUAAAGUAGAUGGACUCACAGAAGAUACUAAAAUGGAAACUCAAAGAGAAAUCCACCAAAGAGCUAAUGAUGAUCUUGUAGAUUCAGGAGACGAACAAAAAAUAUAUAUUAGUUUCCAUUUGACGUCAAUUUAUGACCAUAGCAUAUUUGAAGCAUUUAGUAGAGUUGUGCAAAAAAUGAUUCCUCAUUAUGCAACUCUUGAAAAUUUUCUGAACAUCAUUAUAUCAACAUCUGGAAUUGAAAAAGCCUUUUUAUAUGAUGUGAAAACUAAAAUAUAUGUAGCAACUGAUUCAUCACCGGUCGAUAUUCAAAGUUAUGAACUUUGUUGUGAUAUGAUUGAUGUUGUUAUAGACUUAUCAAAUAUUUAUGGGUUGGGCGAAAAUCCAGGAUUAAUGAAUGAUCCAGCUUUCGAUGAUCAAAGUUCAAGUCUAAUUAAACUAAAUAAUGGUACAAUUUUAUAUUUAAGAGAGGUAUGCAGUUUUUUGGCACUUGUAUGCAUACUAAGAGAAGAUAACUUUGAAAAACAAAGAAUUAUAGAUUAUAAUUUUGUGAUUUUACGAAAAGGUAUACAUAAACUUUUUGAAUUAAAAGAUAAAGAAAAAGAAAGUAUUGAACCUAGAAAGCCACCAUCAUAUAAGUAAUUAAUAAUUUAACUCAUUUAUGUUUGAAUAUUAUACCUAUUACUAAAUCUUUACUUUAUUUUAAGAUAUGUAAGUUUAUAUUUAAUUAUUAAUAAAAAUAAUGGAGGUAAUCAUUGUAAAACUUUUAAAAUUAAAAUGGUGUAAUAAAACAAAUAUAAAGUUAAUAAAUAAUUAUUAGUUAGACUUACAAAUAACAUUUUUUGUACAUUAAUUAUUAUUAUUUAAGCAAGGCAUUAUUUUGUCAUGUUAAAAUAGAAUAGUUUUCAGGAAAAUAUUCAUUAUUAAAUUAAAUGAUACCUUAAUCAUAUUGAAUACUAGUAUUAUAUUAUAAUAUGAAGGGUGUUCAUAGAGUAUGUACUUUUAUUUUUUAUAAUCACUUUUAUUUUGUACUAUUAUAUUAUACAUGUACUAUUAUUACUUCGCCAUUCAACCUUGGCCACACUUUUUUCUGUCUACCUACCGUGGACACCGAGUUGAUUGUCAUCCUCAAACCACUCUAUAUAAAAAUGAUUCAUCAACAUUGUGAAAAAGCAGUUAUGCAGUUGAUGGGGAAAAAAUCACAAUCAAAUUUCUCGAGUAGAACAAGUACUAUUGUUGUUGAUACACUGGAAGUUAAAAAUAGAUCACAGUUGGAAACUUGUUCAACAAAAAGCUAGUAUAACUUCAUAACUUAGUAUAGUUACAAUUAAAAUUUUCUGAAUUAAAGUUGCACACUAAUUCAUGACCCAAGAAAAAAAUAGAGAAAUUAGUUUUAUUGGAUACCUCUUGACACUUGCAUAAAAAUAAAAUCAGAGUACAAAAACCUCAAUUUCACUAUGUGAAAAUUACAUAUAUUUUUUUUUUUAAAGAGGCUUAUUCUAGGCCAUUUAAGCCUAUUGCCGCUUCCACUAUCUCCCUCCAUAUUUCUCUGUGCUCUGCCAGUUCUUCUCUGUUCAUAACUCCCAACAUUCUGAGGUCUUCCUUGCCUCGGUCCUCCCAUCGUUGCCUAGGCCUUCCUCUCACAUGUCAUUUGAAAGAGUUUGGAACUUUAAGUACUUAGGAGUAGAUAUAAACUCGCGGGCAGAUAGCCAUGAAGAAAUACACAGAAGAAUCACAGCUGGCAACAAAUGCUAUUAUUCAUUAGUCCAAUUAUUUAAAUCUAAAAUAUUAUCAAGAAGAACAAAAAUCAGAUUAUAUAAGACUCCCGUCAGACCAAUUGUACUGUAUGCUUGUGGAGCAUGGGCGUCUACCAAAUCUGACGAAAACAAAUUAAUAAUUUUCGAAAAGAAAAUCCUACGAAAAAUAUUUGGACCAAAGAAAAACGAUGAAGGUAGCUAUGAAAUAAGAUCAAACAGAGAGCUGAAUACUCUAUUUAAUGAACCCAAUAUAGGUGCCACACUCCAGAGCCAGAGAAUAAAGUGUGCCGGACACAUCUGGAGAGCAAAAGGCCAACUUAUACUGGCCAUCACGAAAUGGAAAUUACAUAUACAUAUAAUUAUUAAUAUAAUAUUGAAAGACACAUAGUAUUAUAAUAUUUAAAAAUUGCAACUACAUUACUAUAAAGCAAACUUUUUUUUUUUUGGUCAUUAAGCCCGGCAACUAUGGCCAUUAGCAGUUUGUUUGUUUAUUUGUGGGGGAGGAUACUGUUGGUUGGUAAACACGUGUGUGUAGUUUUAGACAGAUUUUUCAAGUGGGCACCCGUAGGUAUCUGCUAUGCCCGGGUGGGGGAUGGCGGCACUUGUUCUCCGGACACCGUGACUUGUCCGUAGAAAAAUGCCGCCCAUGGCUGAGGAAUCGUACUCGGGUCGACUGUGUCGCAG